AUGCCUCGUCAGAGUAUAGUCCAGGUCAAGGCAGGCAUUUUGAAGGUAGGGGAUGUAGGUGGAUACGGGGGUCUGAGUCAGGAAGUGGGGGGAGGGCAUGUGAUGGAGGAGGGUACUGGGUCUGCUCACAAUGGACAAGUCUGCAGCUCCUGGGGAAAUAAUUACUUCAAGUCCUUUGAUGGGGAUGUCUUUUAUUUCCCUGGUACAUGCAACUACCUAUAUGCUUCAAACUGCAAAAGUAGCUUUGAGGAUUUCAACAUCCAGAUCAGGCGUUCUGUUGUCAAUAAUCUUCCAACUAUUAGCCAUAUCACUAUCAAGAUUGAUGGCCUUUACAUUGAACUGCAGAGCGGGAGCGUGGCAUUUAACAGUCAGCCAGUGGAGCUUCCCUACAGCUCCUCCGGAGUCCAGGUUGGCCGGAGUGGUCUAUAUAUUAAAAUAGCUGCAAGGCUGGGCUUACAGUUCAUGUGGAAUGAAGAUGAUGCUAUUCUGCUGGAGUUGGAUCCAAAGUUUGCCAAUCAGACCUGCGGUCUCUGUGGAGACUUCAAUGGCAUUCCGAUUUACAAUGAGUUUAUUACAAACAAUGUUCAGCUCUCCAGUAUUCAGUAUGGAAAUAUGCAGAAGAUGAAUGGACCACGAGAAUCCUGUGAUGAUUUGACAGUGAAUCCACUGAACAACUGCACUGACACUCGGAUGAUAUGUGAAGUGGUGCUCAUGGGCACAGCAUUCUCACAAUGUAACACCCUGGUGGACCCAGCUCAGUACAUUGAUGCAUGCGUCCAGGAUCUGUGUAGAUGUGGAAAAGAUGCCAUUGGCUUUUGUUUGUGUAACACCUUUACAGAGUACUCCCGGCAGUGUGCCCAUGCUGGUGGAAGCCCACAGAACUGGAGAACUGAUCAACUUUGUCCCUUGAAAUGUACUAUGAACUUGGAGUACAGGGAAUGUGGAAGUCCAUGCCCCAACACAUGUACCAACCCAGAUAGGUCAUUAGUCUGUGAUAACCACUGCAUUGAUGGAUGCUUUUGCCCUGCAGGAACUGUAUUUGAUGACAUCAACAACUCUGGCUGUGUCCCUGUCCAGCAGUGUUCCUGCACUUACAAUGGAAAAGUCUAUUCACCAGGGACUGGUUAUUCAGCUCAGUGUCAUUCUUGUAACUGUAAUGGAGGAAAGUGGAGCUGUACUGAAGCAGUGUGUGCUGGAUCCUGUGCAAUUGAGGGGGGAUCACAUAUUACCUCCUAUGAUAUGACUCGUUACACCUUCCACGGAGACUGCAGCUACGUAUUGUCUAAGACAUGCUACAACAGCACCUUUAGUGUAUUGGGAGAGCUCCGUAAAUGCGGUCUGACGGACACUGAAACUUGUCUGAAGAGUGUGAGCCUCAGUUUGAAUGAUGGGAAAGAUUUUAUCUACGUAAAGCCUUGUGGAAGUGUAUAUGUCAAUUCACUUUACACCCAGCUGCCCGUCUCAUCAGCUAGUGUCACCAUCUUCAAGCCUUCAUCCUUCUUCAUCAUUAUACAGACCACUUUUGGUCUACAGCUGGAAAUCCAACUGAUCCCCACCAUGCAGAUAUACAUCAACCUGGAUCCAUCUUUUAAAAAUGAAGUCUGUGGCCUUUGCGGAAACUUUAACAACAUACAAGCUGAUGACUUCAGAGUUCUGAGUGGAGUGAUUGAAGGAACUGGGUCCUCAUUUGCCAACACUUGGAUGACACAAGCAGACUGCCCAACUGUUUCAAACAGCUUUGAAAACCCUUGUUCCUUGAGCAUCGAGAACGAACUGUAUGCAACACACUGGUGCUCUAUGUUAACUGACUCAGAAGGAGUCUUUGCAGAAUGCCACGUAAAAGUAGAUCCAGAUGUGUACAUGAAGAACUGCCUGUUUGAUUCCUGUAACUGUGCAAAGAGUGAGGAGUGCAUGUGUGCCGUAUUGUCCUCCUAUGUAUAUGCCUGUGCUAUGAAAGGAAUCAUUCUUAACGGAUGGAGACAAAAUGUCUGCACCACAUACACAACCAGCUGUCCUGCUUCACUGACCUACAGUUACUCAAUCAGCACCUGCCAACCCACCUGCCGUUCCCUUAGCAGCCAUGACAUUACUUGUGACAUCUUAUUUGUCCCUGUUGAUGGCUGUAUCUGCCAGAAUGGAACCUACCUGGAUGACAGUGGUAGAUGUGUCCUCCCAUCAGCUUGUUCCUGCUACUACAAGGGAACCGCAGUGCCACCAGGUGAGGUGGUUCAUGACAAUGGAGCUAUUUGCACUUGCUCUUCAGGAAAACUAGACUGCAUUGGAACCGCACAACUAACAGUCUGUGCUGCCCCCAUGGUGUAUUUUGACUGCACAAAUAAGACUGCUGGAACUAAAGGAGCCGAGUGCCAGAAAAGCUGUCAAACCUUUGACAUGCAGUGUUACAGCACUCAAUGUAUCUCUGGCUGCAUUUGCCCCGAUGGACUAAUCGCUGAUAGUCAUGGUGGAUGUGUUCAAGAACAGCAGUGUCCAUGUAUCCACAACAAUGAAGCUUUCCCUCCAAGUGCUAAAAUUAAAAUGCAGUGCAAUACAUGUACAUGUGUGAAUAGAAACUGGGAGUGUACCAGUGAGUUGUGCAUGGGGACCUGCACAAUAUAUGGGGAUGGUAACUACAUCACAUUUGACACCAAGAGAUACAGCUUUAGUGGGGACUGUGAAUAUACCCUGGUUCAGGAUUACUGUAGUGGUGACCCAUCCAAUGGAACUUUCCGUGUUAUCACUGAGAACAUUCCGUGUGGAUCUACAGGCACAACCUGCUCCAAGUCCAUAAAAGUUUUCCUCGGUAACUAUGAGCUUAUACUGAGUGAUGAGAAAUUUGAGGUUGUCCAACUUGCAUCUGGAGAAUAUGUACCUUACAAAGUGCACCAGAUGGGCAUCUACAUGGUGAUCGAAGCUCUCAAUGGAUUGGUUUUGGUGUGGGAUAUGAAGACCACCAUGUUUAUCAAGCUGGAGCCAAGUUUCCAGGGUAAAGUGUGUGGAUUGUGUGGUAACUAUGAUGGAAAUGCCAAUAAUGACUUCUCCACCAGAAGUCUGUCUGUAGUAGGAGAUGUAGUAGAAUUCGGCAACAGCUGGAAACUCUCACCAAGCUGCCCAGAUGCUGUGAGCCUCAAAGAUUCCUGCUCACUAAACCCUUAUAGGAAAUCCUGGGCACAGAGACAAUGUAGCAUCAUCACCAGUGUCGUAUUCUCAGCUUGCCAUCCUUUGGUUGAUCCAUUGAAAUACUAUGAUGCUUGUGUCAGUGAUUCCUGUGCUUGUGACACUGGUGGAGAUUGUGAGUGCUUCUGUACUGCUGUGGCUUCAUAUGCUCAAGCUUGUAGUGAGGCUGGAACCUGUGUCAGCUGGAGAAACCCCAACAUGUGUCCAAUUUUUUGCGAUUACUACAACAAAGAAGGUGAGUGCGAAUGGCACUACAAACCAUGUGGAGCCCAUUGCAUGAAGACUUGCAGGAACCCUGAUGGAACCUGUUACCAUAAUCUGUCAGGUUUGGAAGGUUGCUAUCCCACCUGCCCAGAGGAUAAACCAUACUAUGAUGAAGAGACAAAGCAGUGUGUCCCUGCAUGUAAUGCGUGUUAUGAUGGCUAUGACAACAGAUACCCCAUAGGAUAUGUAGUGCGAAAUGACAACAACACCUGUACACUCUGCAACUGCACAAGCGAAGGCAUCAAAUGUUACAACCUAACAGGAGUUUGUAUCUCUUCCCAGCUUUUUUUUCUUCUUAAAACGCUCCACCAGCUUCAAUCAUGUGACCUGUCAAAGUCACAUGACCGGAUCUCCUCCAAACGCAGAGAUCUCUCCUAUGUUAAGCAGAGAGAACUUCAUGGGGUACAGCAUAUGCCACACCACAGUCUACAUUUUUUGAAUGGGCUGUUUAAUAUGGGCUACGAUGUGCAUACCUCAGCAGAGUAUAACAAUGAGUGGAUGAUGAUGCCCACUCUAUUAUAA